AUGGAUGUCUGUGGUACAAAGAUCGUCACUGUCGUCUACGUUCCCUUUGGCUACCUUCUGGAACCUUGCGCCUUCGACCCAUCAGAGCGAGCACACUUUUGGCUGCCGGGAUCGGAAGUGACCUCGUCCCACGAGCUCUUCGCUUCGCCCCUGGCGGAGUGGAUGUACAUCGAAGCCGCCGGUGUCCUCCGGGUGCGCGUCGAGGCAGAUGAGUUCCAUGACGAUGAGCUUGGACCGCCGAAGACGCGUGAGAGGCUUGUGAAAUGCGCCGUUCCCCGUAUACCGUUACCCGAGGACAUGGUGUGUCACUUCUAUCCCCUCCCCAUCGCACUCGACCCUCACAUCGACCGGCAGCAGUCGAAAGCACAAUUCCUCUCGAUAGACUUUCUAAUCGUCGGGGCCGGCGUCGCUGGCCUUUCCGCCGCCAUCGCGCUCCGCCUCGCAGGGCAUAGAGUGACGGUCCUGGACAAGAAAGAGCCGAUCCGGGACAUCCAAUCCCCAGGAGGCUCCCGGAUAUCCCCAAACGCGACCCGCUCGUUUUACCGCUGGGGCAUGGAGGCAGAGAUGAAGCGGCACGGGCUCAAAAUCGCAGGCAUCAAGAUGCUCGACCACACGUCCGGGAAGCAGCUGGGCGAGUGGGAAUUCGGCGCGCAGGUGUUCGAGGAGAAGGGCGGCGACCUGCUGACGAUGCCCUUCGCCCGGCUCUCUCGGAUUUUGGCCGAACGCGCGGAAGACCUUGGCGCGACGCUUCGCUCGCAGUGCACUGUUCUGUCCAUCCAAGCCCACGCCGUUCGGCCGAGCGUGACGCUCGCUUCGGGGGAGAUCAUCGAGGCCGACGUCGUGGUCUGCGCUGACGGUGCGAUGUGGCCGGAGGGGUCGAGUCGGAAGUGGAUGAUGGACGCGCUGGGCCAGGAGAACGUCGAGAAGCCAACGGGACGGCAAGCGUUCAACCUCUACAUCCGGGGAGAUGCGUUGGCGAACAUGGCCGACCAGGGACUCGUUGAGGAGCUCCACCCACGAGAUAACAUUUUUGCCUGGAUCCACGGCGGGUAUGGCGCCGUGGGAUGGUUCAUGGAAGGCGCAGAGGAGGAUAGAUCGGACUUUUUCAUGUACAUGUACACCGCAGAUGAUGUGGCAGACAAGAACCUUGAGCUAACAAGCAGGGACGCUCUCAUCAAACACUUCUGCAAUUGCGACCCCCGCCUGGCGAAACUCGCCGAAGCCGCACACACCGUCAACCGCAUCUCCAUCUCUGACUUGCCCGCCCUCCAGAGCUGGACGCACCCCGACGGCAACGUCAUCGUCCUCGGCGACGCCGCCCAUCCUCUAUACCCCGGCUCCCUAUACCCCAUCGGCCUCGCCGCCGGCGACGGCGCCUUCCUCGGCGCGCUCUUCUCCCACCUCCACUCGCGCCCCCAAAUCCCGCAGUUCCUCGCCGCGUCGAAGACCAGCGGAGCCAGCGCCUCGCCCAGCUCAUGGCCGAGCUCGCCAGAACCCCUACGCGGGCACGCUUCCGCCGGGGCGUCGAUGACGCGCGGGAACCGGAACUUCGAGGGCACGGACGGGCUGAUCAGCUUCAUCAACACGGUGUGGGCGUACGAUCCGGAGGACGACGCGGAGGCGUGGUGGCAGGAGUGGGGGCUGCCGGCGGAGCGCUCGGAGCGGACGUAUUCGCCAACGGACCUCGAGGUUGGGCACGACGAGCACGAGUGA